AUGUCUUUAUCAGUUCUGUUAAUACUAAUAGCCGUUAACACUUUUGCCUAUGGAGAUCAUCCGAUAUGGUUAUCUGAUAUAGAAGAGGAAAAUGUUUUUUCCACUGAAUCGUCCGCAAGAAAUUUGGAAACAGUAUAUAGACUACCCAUAAAUGUGAUACCACUAGACUAUGAUGUGUACAUUGAUUUAUAUUUUGCUGAAAGAUCGGACAGGCCCUUUAGCUAUGAUGGUCGAGAAACGAUUAUUAUACAAGCUAUUGAAGCAAACGUAACAAGUAUAACAUUACAUUCUAAUGUUGACGAGAUACAUGAAUGUAGAUUAACAAAUAAUGGUGUUGUUGUACCGGUAAAUGAAAUUAUUUACAAGCCUCAGUAUCAUUUCAUGAUAUUAAAUUUGUCUGAACCCUUGAAUGUCGGACAAAAUUACACACUUUUUAUAAGUUAUAUGAGCACUAUGAAUGAAGGUCCUAUGAAAAGAGGAAUCUGGCGAGGUUGGUAUACUGAUAAUAAUGGAACUGAAAGAGUAUAUGCCACGACCCAUUUUCAACCGUACAAUGCUAGGCAGGCAUUUCCAUGUUUUGAUGAACCUCUUUUUAAAGCGGUUUUCAAAAUUCAUUUGUCCAUGCCCAAUAGCUAUACGGGCACUUUCUCUAACACCGGCAUUGAAACAAAAGAAACGUUAAAUAACACUCGGAUUCGUUACAACUUCUUUUCAACACCUAAGAUGUCCAGUUAUUUGGUAACAUUUUUAGUUAGUGAAACAUUUACUGUUAUAGCUAGUGACGAAUCCUAUGAACCAGCUAUAAGGAUCAUAGGUAGAUCAAAUACUGUUGGUCUCGGUAAUCAUGCUUUGGAACUUACAGUGAAAAUGACUGAAUAUUUUAAUGACUAUUUUAAAAUACCGUAUUCGAGUCUCCACCCCCAUUUGUCGAAUGACCAUAUAUCUUCACCCGAUUGGGCAAGUGCAGGAACAGAAAAUUGGGGGAUGGUCAGCUACAGAGAGUUGUAUUUAAUUAUUGACCCUCGAGAAACCAUCAUGUCCGUUGAACAUUACGCUACAACUCUCGUGUCUCAUGAGCUUGCUCAUAAGUGGUUCGGGAAUUUGAUCACCUGCUUUUGGUGGAGUAACACUUGGAUCAAUGAAGGUUUUGCAAGUUAUUUUGGAUAUAUGGCAGCCCAUCAAAUGUUUCCCCAAUAUGAAUUGGACAAACAUUUCAAUUCUCGCUAUCUUCAGACAAGCCUUUCAUUUGACUCAGCCGCUUCUACAGUUCCUCUCAAUUACGAAGUAAAUACGCCAGCUCAAGUCACUGGUCACUUUGGUACGAUCAGUUAUUCGAAAGGUGCGGCAGUGUUGAGAAUGCUGACUAACAUAAUCAGUCUCCAGACUUUCCGAAAAGGAUGUCAUUACUUUCUAUUGGACAACCAGUAUGAACCCACUGAUCAAUACGAUUUAUACAAUGCUUUUGAGAAAGCAAUAAAUGAAGAUCAGUCUCUAAGUGAAUAUCCUAACUUCAACUUUACCGAUUUUUAUAGAAUUUGGGUUAAUGAGCCUGGUUACCCUAUUUUGCUUGUAAAUGUUGAUCGUAGAAAUGGCGAAAUUAAUUUAAGACAAGAGAGAUUUUAUAUUAGUCCAUCAGUUGCUCCCAGUACGUUAAUUUAUCCUAUACCCAUUAAUUACGCAACUAAAUCGACAUCAAACUUCACAAAUUUGAAGCCUUCUUAUAUGAUGACGUCUAGUCAUGCUGUUUUAAGUAAAGAUGUUGGUGAAGAUUGGGUUAUAUUCAACAUUCAGCAACAUGGACAUUACAGGGUACAUUACGAUGAGAAAACUUGGAAUUUAAUAUCAGACGCAUUGUUAGCUGACCCUGAUUCAAUUCAUUACCUGAAUAGAGCUCAGGUGGUUGACGAUGUUUUUGCUUUAAUGAGGUCUGAAAGGAUGACAUACAGUUUUGGUUUUAAAAUUUUAAGAUUUUUACGGCACGAAGAAAAUUAUCAUGUCUGGACGGUAGCCAUUAGUGGAUAUACUUGGCUUAGAAACAGAAUGAGAGAGGUUCCAGAGAGUCAAACUAUGUUUGAUGUGACUUCUGACGAAAGUACUACAGUUACUUUGUUAAGACAAGAAGCUUUACAUUUUGCUUGUAAUAUUGGAUUAGAACAAUGCGUCCAAGAUUCCCGUAGUAAAUUCUUAGCUAUGAGAAAUUCAAAUGCUUGGAUUGAUCCAAGAAUUCGACGUCACGUCUAUAUAACGGGUAUUAGAGAAGGAGGACAGGCGGACUUUGAUUUUCUCUUAAAUAGAUUCCAAACAUCGAAUUUUGCUAAUGAUCAAUUGGAAAUGCUUAGAGGCUUGGCUGCUACUAAAGAUCGACAACUUUUAUGGAGAUACCUCGAAUUGACCUUACAAAAAGAAGUUCGCGCUCAUGAUAAAGUAAAUUCAUUUAAUUAUGCGCUUCUUGGAAAUAAGGAAAAUGGUGCAGUAGUUUUAGAAUUUGUGAAAAGCAAUAUUGAGGCUAUUAGAAAAGCUUUUGUUGAGGAUUCUCCUGCCACUCCUGUUCAUACGGCUCUCGUCAAUCUUGCUAGUUACCUUGAUGAAUCACGUUUAACUGACUACGAGAACUGGCUCCAAAGGGAUCAAUCCAAUUCAAGUCAAUUUAGCCGAGCAAUGGCUGCUAUAAGAUCAGCUCGUAAUAAUAUUGCUUGGGGGAAAACAAACGCUGAAAAGAUUAUUGAUGCUGCAAGAGAUGGGGCGUCUACAAUAAUUCUGGUUUUAUUACCAGCGUUGAUAUCCAUAGUGAAAACUGAUUUUCCUUUAGAUUUCGAAGAACCGAUAUAUUUUAGUACUAAUGACGAGGACAUAUAUCGUUUACCUGAAGAUUUGGAUCCCAUUAACAUACUCUUUGAAAUAACACCUUAUUUUGAAGAUCCAUCGGCCAGCAAGGCGUUUACUUUUGAUGGAUUUGUUUUAUUAACAGUCAAAGCAGUCAGAGACAACAUUUCCACUUUAACUCUGCACGAAAAUGUAAGAGAAAUUUUAUCAGUAAACAUUACCGACGAGGCUGGUGUAACUCUAGCUAGUUCUUUUAAAAGGAUUCGUGAACAGCACUUUCUAGAAAUUAGUCUCUUAAACGGAACAGUGUUGCAAAAAAAUCAAACAUGUAAGAUAAGUAUUUCGUACAUUGGAAAUAUUAACGAGACUCCACUUUCUCGUGGAAUGUUUAGAGGAAGUUAUAGAGACAAUGAUGGAAGGAGACGCUGGUACGCAGGAACCCACUUGCAGCCAACAAAUUCUCGUCAAUUAUUUCCUUGUUUCGACGAACCAGGUUUUAAAUCAACGUUUGACAUAAUUGUUAACAGACCACUUAAUUUCACUGAAACCUUUUCUAAUAUGAGAAUAAAAAGCCAAUCUCGUGUGGGAGAUCGUCAGCAAGAAAUUUUUCAUACGACUCCCAGGAUGUCGGCGUAUUUAGUGUCCAUUCAUAUAAGUGAGGAGUUUCAAGUAAUUGCUGAUAAUAAUAACUAUAAUGCAUCAUACCGCAUUAUUGCUAGACCCAAUGCGAGGGGUCAAGGUAAAUACGCUUUAGAAGUUGGUCCACCCCUAACAAAAUGGUUGGACGAUUAUUUCAAUAUAUCAUACUAUACAAUGGCAAAUGAUAUAAAAAAUGACCAGAUCGCCUCGCCAGAUUGGGCGUCCGGUGCUACCGAAAAUUGGGGAUUGGUUUCGUAUAGGGAAAUGCGUCUUCUUUAUGAAGAAGGUGAGACAAAUGCUGUCGACAAAAUGACCAUUGGAACUAUAACAGCCCACGAGCUGGCACAUAAAUGGUUUGGAAAUCUUAUUACAUGUAGAUGGUGGGACAAUGUGUGGAUAAAUGAAGGAUUUGCUAGUUAUUUUGAAAAUUUUGCAAUGGACGGUGUUGAUCCAAGCUUAGAGUUGGCAGAUAAGUUUAUUACAGGAACAGUACAAAAUGCUCUGUCAAGUGAUUCUUCAGCAUCAACUAGGGCGUUGAGACACACUGUUAAUACACCAGCUCAAGUUACUGGUCACUUUAGUGGUAUAAGUUAUACAAAGGGAGCUGCUUUUCUAUUGAUGCUUAAGCAUUUAUUAGGAGAGCCUACUUUUAAAAAAGCUCUUAACUAUUUUCUCGUAGAUAGAUCAUAUGAACAAGCAGUGCCUUCUGAUCUGUAUAGUGCUUUCCAGAGGGCAGUUAAUGAAGAUGGAAUCAUAGAAAAUUUAAACAUUACAGCCUUCAUGAACUACUGGGUCGAAGAAAGAGGAUAUCCAAUUAUUAACGUCAAUGUUAAUAUGAAUAAUGGCGUCAUGAUAUUGACGCAGGAGCGUUUUUUCAUAAGUUCAUCAUCAACACCAACAGAUCAAGUUUGGCCCCUCCCUAUAACUUUUACAACGUCCCGUAAUUCAAAUUUUAAUAAUUUAUCUCCAAAAACUGUUAUGCUCAAUAAAACAAUCCAGCUGCGUAAGGAUCCGGGUGAGGAAUGGGUUAUAUUUAACUUACAACAAAAAGAUUUUUAUCGCGUCAACUACGAUACGCAUACAUGGGAACUCAUUGCUGCUGCUUUGAAAAAUAAUCGUAAUAGUAUCCACCGAUUAAAUAGAGCUCAGAUUGUCGAUGACGUAUUUGCUUUAAUGAGAUCUGAACGGUUGUCUUUUGACCUUGGCUUUAGGAUUCUUGAUUUCCUUAAGGAUGAAACAGAUUAUUAUCCAUGGACACCAGCAAUUUCUGGCUUUACCUGGCUUAGAAAUCGUCUUUUACAUCUACCAGAAAAGUUAAGGGAAUUCGAUGAAAUCCUUUAUAGUUUUCUAGAUACAAUCGUUUCUGAUCUGGGGUAUGACGUUCAAUAUGGCGAGUCAGUAACAAGAACAUUAAACAGAUUUUACAUUUUGAAUUUCGCCUGUAACAUCGGUCACGUGGGCUGCAUCAAUAAUGCAUUGACAAAAUUCAAUUCCUUUAGAAGUAGUGGCGUACCUGUCAAUCCGAAUCUUAGAAGGCAUGUCUUUUGCCAAGGUUUAUUACAUGGAGGAUAUGAUGAUUGGAAGUUCUUACAGCAAAGGUGGUUUAAUUCCAACAACCAAGCUGAUCAAUAUGCAAUGUUAAGAUCACUUGGAUGUACGAGAAAUAAUCAAGCUGUAAAAGAAUACCUUGAAAUGAUCUUGAGCGAUGACUUGAGAGCUCAAGAUAGCAGCAAUGCUUUUACAUUUUUGUUCAUGGGUAACAGAGAAAAUACUAGAUACACCUUAGAAUUUAUGAAAGAAAGAUGGGAAGAAGUAAGAAAAAAGGUUGUCCUGCAGACAUGGUUUGGAACAGUCUUGAGUAAUCUAGCUGCUUAUUCAAAUGAAGAGGUUCUUGAAGAAAUGGAGCAGUGGUUAACCACUAAUCAAGCCAUAAUUCCAAGCGCCCAGACUGGUUUGUCAGCUAUUAAUAGUGCUAGAGCCAACAUGAAAUGGGGAUCUGAGAAAGCUGAUGAUAUUGUCAGAGCAGCGCGUGGUUCAUCUGCUAUUGUGCUGCCAGCGACCAUGUUACUCUUAAUUUCAGCAUUGAUAGUCUUAUUAUUGUAA